AUGAGUAUCAAAACCAUCAGCACCAACACCCUCUCCACUCCCAGCUCAACCCACAUCGAAACCCUCCUCACUAACAAAACCCUUCUCGCCCGCCACCCCCAGAAAACCAUCCUCCAGCUCAUCCUCGCCAUCGACCCCGACACAGACGACACCUGGACCCGCGCCGAGAUCGCCCUGCAGAAGCGAGCGGUGUACUUGCGCGAGCGGUACCCUUAUCCGCGCAUACGGCAGUUCGGGGCUGUGGUGGUUUGGGGGGAUAAGGUAAGGUUGUUUACGGAGGAGUUGUGUGGUGGUGUUGGUGGUGGUGGUACAAUGAUGAUUCCGUGGCGGGAUGAAGGCACUGGGAAGGUGGUGUUUGGACGAGAGGAGGUGGCGAAGGGGGUUGGGGAACGAUGGUUGACGGAAGUAGAGGAUAAUCGGGUGGAGGAAGGGGAAGGGAAGGUUCGAGGGUUGUUGGUCGAGAUGGUGGGGGAUGAGGAGUUGGGGGAGGAUGUGCUGGUGAGGGAUUGA